UAUGAGAAAUUGAAAUCGAUUAUGUGAGAGCUCUGCUCUAGUCCAUCAAAAGAUACAUAAAUUUCGGGUUAAAUUAAAAAAUGGAAUCCAUAAGUAAGGAAGUGAUAGAUACUGAAUUAAUGCUAGUAACAGCCAAUGUUGGAAGUUUGUUUGAAGAUCCAAAAAGACUUCUUUCAAUAUGGUUAGAAGAGUUUAUUGCCAAGAUUACGGAAUUGAAGCCACAAUUUUUAGCAUUACAUCUUCAAGAAGUUGGAGGAAAGACAUAUGAAAAUUCGAUGGAUCACGUACAGGAGUUUAUUAAAUACUUAAAUGAAACAAUGGGAUCAAUGGAUUAUACUUACGUUCGCAUUUAUAUGGAUGAAGAUUACAAAUCCGUUGAGAAUUUUACUGCACUUGGCAACAUUUACUUCGGACAUAAAAAUAUUUGUACCCUAAGGAUUUGGAAUUUUUUAAAGCACGGCUGGGAAGACAAACUUAAUGAGAAUCAAAUAUACACUGGUAACAUUGAAGCAGUUGCAACCAAGGAGAAGUCAAAGUUUCCUCAACAUUUUUUUCCUGAAUGCAAAUGGUCGCGAAAAGGAUUUAUGCGGACGCGUUGGGAAAUUAACGGCACAGUCAUUGAGUUGGUAAACAUACAUCUUUUCCACGAUGCAUCUAAUUUAGUAGCUUGUGCAGAUUUUCCAUCAGUCUAUUGUAAAACAAGAAGACGAGCUCUGAUACAUACAAUUGAGAGGUUUCACUUGGAUGACAAAAAUGGAUCCGUCCCCUUUUUUUUGUUUGGAGAUUUUAAUUUUCGAUGUGAUACUGCAGGCGUUGUAAAAGAACUGACUGCAAAUUUGGUUGCCCAUCGAGUACAAAGUAUUAAAACGGAUAAUACUAAAAUCCACUAUCGCAAUUCCAUUGGCAAUAACAUACUUACAUUGGGAAAAAAAGAGUUUAGUCACGCUGAUCAUCAGCUUAAAUUUAAAGAAUAUUGGUUAAAAAAUUUUGAUAAGGAAUUGGAGCCACUCACGGAAAUUUUGAUUGAAUAUCCAAUAAACUUUAUUCCUUCAUAUCCCUUUGAAGAAGAUCCCGAAAUGCCCACCGAUUAUAUGUCAACAAGAUGUCCAUCGUGGUGCGAUCGUAUUUUGAUGACUCCGCAAGUUAACGACAUUAUUGCAUGCAAUGAAUGGAAAUAUGAUAUAAUUGGAGAAUCUGUCUGCAUGGGAGACCACAAGCCUAUUUACUUAACUGUUCGACUAAAGCAAAAUAAAGGUUCCAUGAGCCCUCGAAAGGCACCGAAUUUAUUGAAGACUUUAAUGGAAAACACAAUGGUAGACGAUAGUCUUUGGAUGGAACAGUCAAAUGUGGAGGACGCCAGUACUUCAGCGAAAUCGAUUUUUUAAUUCUCAAUACAUAAUGGUAAAGGCUAUAUCUCCUAACAUCAGUAAAGUGGGAAAGGAUGAAAGUAUUUGCCCUGAAAAGCUAAAUAC